UAAUUACGAUGAAACUGUUGUACAGUGGUGUCCAAAAAUGUAGGCACAGCGCAAUUAAUUGGCUGUAAUCGGAGUUUGUUGCUGUUAAUUGAUAUUGGACACUGAUAAGCAUCCAACGGAGAGCCUUAAAUACACACGCUGCAGCGAAAGACAGUUCAGUGAAAAGUUUACUGUUCAUCGAUGCAAACAUGCAGUUCGGCGUCUUGGGAAGCGGUAUUAUUGGACUAACCACAGCUCUGGAGCUGCAGCAGCAGUUUCCAACUGCUCAGGUUUCUAUUAUUGCCGAUCGUUUCAAUGAGGAUACUGUGAGCUAUGUGGCCGCUGGUAUCUUCCGGCCGGGCACCAGCUUCAUGGGCCCCACACAGGAAAUUACGCAACAAUGGAUGACAGAUGCAUUUAAUUAUUGGGAUGAACUGCGGCGCUCCAAAGAAUCGGCUCUGGCUGGCGUGUGUCAGUUAUCUGGCUACAUAUUCUCACGCACCACGCCCUCCAUAGUGCGGAAUCACUUCAUAGAGCAGUUGCUGCCCGUUUAUCGCCGUGCUACAGAGGAUGAGCUGAAGCUGUGCCAUGGCGGCUGGAAGUACGGCUCCUUCUUCACCACUUGUCUGACUGAGAGUCGCCUCUUCCUGCCCUACGCCACCAAGAAAUUCCUUGAGAAUGGUGGCCAGGUGCUGCGACAGCAUGUGAGCAAUUUCUUCGAUGUGCCUCAGAACUUUGAUGUGCUGCUCAACUGCACAGGCAUGGGUGCCAAGGAGCUGUGCAAUGAUCAGCAUCUCGUGCCCAUUCGUGGCCAAGUGCUGAAGGUGCGUGCACCUUGGAUUAAGACUGCCUUCUAUGGCGAUCUCGAUACCUAUGUGCUGCCUGGCUUCGAGACUGUCACACUGGGAGGUUGCAGGCAGUACGAUAGCUACAACACCGAAUGGUGCAAGUAUGACAGCAUGGCCAUCAAGGAACGUUGUUAUGACUUGCUGCCCAGUUUAAAGAAGGCGGAAAUUGUACGCGAAUGCGUUGGACUGCGUCCACAUCGUUCUGUGGUGCGUGUGGAGCCGGAGUUGAUUACGAAUGCUCAGGGACGUCGCCUCAAGUUGGUGCACAACUAUGGACAUGGUGGCUACGGCGUUACCACGGCGCCAGGCACCGCCAAGUAUGCGGUGAAAGUGGUGCGUGAUAUGCUUGCUGGUAACAGCAAGUUGUAGAGUGAUUCCAUUGUAUUUCAUCAAUUGUUAAUCUGUUGUUAAUUAAACUGUUUUAUAAUGUGCAA